CAUUGAUUUGCCUACCUCUUGUCUGAUGCAUGUCGUUUCACAAAGAAACUGUAACAUCCUGCACCGUCUGCGCACUAUCUCUUUGGUAGCCAUCAGCAGACAAUAGAUAUCAAUCUUGUUUUGCUUUUGCUCAUCCAUUCCUACCGCAGUUGUUAUCAUGGGUCUUGAAAGCAACUCUAGUGGCCGUGGACCGGCCGAUUCUUCGACGUUGCUCACUCCCAUGCACAUGGAAUUGGACAAACUUCGAAAAGAAAACGCUCAACUAAAGGAAGAUGUUGCAAGAGAGAAGAAGGACGCCCAAGGGUGGAUGAAACUUUACAACGAUUCCCGUCAGGCGAUAUCUGAGGAGGAACAGAGAUUGAGGGAUGCCCUUGCCGACGAAGAGACACUCUCGAAGAAAAUUGCUGCUCAUCUGCAGGAGCAACGAUCAAAAGUAGAGAGGCUGGAAGAGGACGUCGACAGAUACCUUGGGACAAAUCGUACGCUGGACGCGAGCUUGGUGUGGAAGAACGAGGAAGUUGCCAGCGCAAUUCAACUCCACGACGUGCAGGGGCAAAACAGGAUCUUGACAGAAGAAAGAGAUGACCUGGAGAAGAAGUAUGAGGAGUUGCGAGGCGUGCAGUCUGGUACUGAUCGCAAAAGGCGAGAGCUAGAGAUCAUUCUCAAGGAUGUUACUGUGGAAUACAGGAACCUCGUACAGUCACGUUCCGAUAUUUUGAUGAAUCUCGCAAACGACAAAGCAUUGUGGCUGUUUCGAAUACUCGACAAGGGAAAAGAACCUAUCACCUUCAAGAAACAUCGCAAGCACCAACUCCUGCGCCAUUGUGUUGAUACUGAGGUCUCUGAGGGUUUUAUUGUUGCUCUCAUACUCGCCCUACAUGAAUUGCAAGGCCGCGGAGAUCCCCCAGAAUGGGUGGAUGACGAAGCCUGGAUUGAGUUGUCAAACCGCCUGAACUCGGUCGAUGCGAAGAAAAGCACUGAUGACGAUACCCUUACGAAAGGAGACGGGGAUGAACAGAACGACAUCGCCGCGUGGAUCGCUAAUUCCUCUCUGGCAGAGAAUGUUCGAAACCAAUUCGCUAUCCAGCUUGACAAGGCAAGCUUCACCGAACUGGGUUAUCUGCCGACGACGGAACCGAUCAAGUAUAGCCAAGCCUUAGAUGAUUUCAUCAAGUUGGACCAGCAAAUGAGGAGACGUGGGUUAUAGUCGAGGCAGUCACAGGAUACCUAACCAGGGUAGGCAUACAAGGGGUAAAACGACAUGUAUACAAACUGUUAGCAGAAGUCACUGAACCAAUUGAAACUAGAAGUAGCAGUAAUUCAUGAUGUUAAGCUUCGAAAGCCACGUUAUGGCAAUAGAAUUACUUACCUUUUACAUUUCCUUUUGGGAGAUAGAGAUUGUUCAGUGCGAAAGCGCCUAAUAUCCAAACACGAUGGGCCUUAGAGGUUGUUAGGCAACAUUCCGAGUACACUAUGCA